GCCACAAAAAAUUUUGUCAACAAAACAGUAGACGAACAUCAUUGGAAUUAAUCAUUUAAGUAAUUAGGUUCGAAUUUUAUCAUUUAAAAUAUCUAUUCAAUUAUAGAAAACGUGUUUUUGGUAAAUUUUUUUGUGAGAAUUUUCGUGAAUUCAAAGUGUAAUUCCAUCGUAUUACAAGAUUAAGUUCAAAUUGAUGAAGUCAAUGAAGAUUUAGUUAUGAAUAAAUUCAUGAGAAUUUCGUUAUUUCUCUGCAUAUUUCAAAGUGGAAUUUGUAAAAGUAGCAUACAUAAAUUGGUUACAAAUAUAAAUGAUAUAACAGAUGUUUUGUCAUUUGAAUGUCAACUAGCUUUGAAAAUCUUCGUUGAUCGUUUGAAUCAAACUGACAUAAAGGACGAUGAGAUGUGGGCACUGCAGAUGUUGGACGCUUCUUCUAAAGUACCAGUAGGCCUCCUUUCUUAUAAUUUUGGAGAAAUGGGAGAUUUCAAGCAAUGUAUAGAAAUAGUAUCGACGAAAGAUAAUAUUGGAGGAAAAUAUUGUCUUGGUCAAGUAAUUGUAAAUAGUUCUGGUAUUGAUAAUCAGUCAGUAUACGUUCAGAAUCAUAGGUACAUCAAAAGUUUAUUGUCGAAAGUAUCCGGGGGUAUACAUAUGAUUGGAAAUCCCACAUGGGCGUUAUGUCUGCCAAGUAAUUGUUCUGAUUUAGAUGCGAUCGCAAUAAUGAACAGUUCAAGAGGCUUAGGAAUUAGUAUAUCAUCUGUCUCUUGCCAAACAAUUGAAGACGUAUAUCCACCAUUGGAUAGAGAUGCUCUCAUUGGAAUAUCGAUUUUAUGUUUAUUAAUAUCACUGGUGAUUGUCUCCACGGCAUUCGACUUAUAUUUUUUAUAUGUGGGUGAAGGUCGGGAUAGAUCAAUUUGUGCAUUCUCUGUAUUCUCCAAUGGUAAGAAAUUGUUCUCAAUUUCGAAGCGAGCCUCUAAUUUGUCCUGUCUUGAUGGAAUCAGAGUGAUCAGUAUGUUUUGGAUAAUUAUUUUACACACGCACUCAGUUUAUACUUCAGGACCAGUUUUCAAUUCUAAAGAUGUAGUUGAGUUUGCUAAUUCGCUGGUGAGCAUGGUUUUCAUCAAUGGAGACUUAGCUUGUGACACUUUUUUAAUGGUCGGGGGCACCCUAGUUACGUAUGUGUUCUUUAAAACGAACGCGAUGCCUAUCUUGAACCUAAGGGUUAUACUCAGACAUUACCUUCAUCGAUACGUCCGGUUAACCCCAGCUCUUGCCGGUAUGGUUUUGGUUUCUGCUACUCUAUUGAAAUAUUUUGGAUCUGGUCCAAGAUGGUUUUACAUCGUAACGUCCUUUGAGGGUUUUUGUAAGAAAAACUGGUGGACUACGCUUCUAUAUAUCCAGAACGAGUACAAUGUUUCACAAAUGUGUGUUGGACAUUCUUGGUACCUGGACGUAGAUAUGCAGCUAUACUUCUUUUCACCAUUGAUAUUUUUUAUGUUGAUGAAAUAUCCCAAAUCCGGAAUUUCUAUGGUAUCACUGGCUACAAUAGGAUCUAUUAUUUAUUCCUUUGUAAGGGCGUACUUAGACGAGAUGUCUGGAAUAUCGUCCACGUACUAUUCUCCGACUCCGACUUCUGUCUAUAUGAAUAAUUAUUAUUUAAAAACAACAACAAGAGCUGCUCCAUGGUUAAUGGGUAAUAUUUUGGGUUAUAUUCUAACGAGAAGGUGGUGUGAGAAAGUGAAACUGUCUAAGAUGUAUUCAAUGUGUUUCUGGACCAUGAGUAUAGGAGUAAUACUUUUAUGUACCUUUUUGGGACAUAGUACACUGAGAGGACCUGAUUAUCGUAGAUUUGAGAACGCUUUGUAUAUUGCCCUUUUAAGACCAACAUUUGCUUUAUCCGUAGGAUGGGUGAUAUGGGCAUGUGCUACAAACCAUGGAGGAAUCAUAAAUCGGUUUUUAUCAUUGCCAAUAUUCCAGUUCUUGAACAAAUUCAUAUACAGCAUGUAUCUACUACACGUAACAGCUUUGUAUAUGAUAGUUUUCUCUAGUAAAACUUCAAUCUACUUCAAUGUAUUUAAUUUGACUUAUUGGUUCUGGGGGAUAUUCAUGUACAUGUUUGGACUGUCCAUCAUUUGGGCACUCAUAUUCGAGAGCCCCAUGAUAGCUUUAGAAAAAAUCGUUUUUCGAAAUAUAAAAGAUAAUUAGCAUAAAAAUUCAUUGAAUUGUAAUUAAAUAUAACUGUUGAACAGUUUAUUAUCAGUAAUUUAAAAUAAAUGUUGAAUAAAU